AUGGAGCGGGAGGCCGAGAGGCUGAGACGGUGGCAGCCGCCUCAGUGCCAGCUCGUGCAGGAUACUGAGAAGUCAAUGUCCAUCUUGGACACAGCUCCACCUCCUAGACGCAGUGGAGGGCACACCUCUUGGAAUGAUGGCGCAUCAGGCAUUCAACACUUCCUUCAGUACACAGAGCUGGAGAGGAUCCCCUUGGCCUUAGCUGAGGCACCCAGGCAGAAUGCAAGUGAAAUGGGGCCACAGUUCAGUAUGUCACUGCCUGAGUGUGGUGUGAGCUACUGCUCCCAAGUGACUUGCACUCCUUCCCAGAUGAUUUACUGUGAGGGACUGCCUCCCUCCCAGCCAGGAAUAAUGAUUUUCAAGGGGCCCCAGAUGAUGCCCUUAGGAGAGCCCAGUACUCCAGGGGUGGCUAUGACCUUUGCUAGGAAUCUAAGAAUGGCCCCCAGUGGGCCGCCACUCUCAGCUCCCAGUGGAAUCUCAAUGACAUCCCACAUCAAUGUGCCAACAAUGCCUUAUUCUGGUCCCCCAACAGUACGUUCUAAUAGAGACUCUUUAACACCUAAAAUGUUAUUGGCCCCAACCAUGCCUUCUAUUGAGGCCCAGGCAAUGCUCCCUUCUUUGACUCAGAUGUUGCCCCCUAGAGAACCCCAUGAUUUUAGGAUGAACCCAGCUGGGUCCCCAUCAUUUCUGGCUUUAGAAUCCCAGGACUCUCUCAGCCAGCCAGGCUCCCAGGAAGACCCCUUACCCAAGCAGCCCAUGCAUGCUCCACAGAGAGCGGAGUGGAACUCCAGGGCCCAGGAAAGGGCUCUCAGGAGGAGAUCCCCGGUUUCAAGGCCUUACUGCUGCCAAUAUGAAAGCUGCGGAAAAGCUUAUACUAAGCGCUCCCACCUUGUGAGUCACCAACGCAAACACACAGGUGAGAGGCCCUAUAAAUGCAUGUGGGAAGGCUGUAUAUGGUCUUUCUUCCGUUCUGAUGAGCUUGGACGACAUACGCGGAUACACACCAGAUAUCGACCACAUAGAUGUGAUCAAUGCGGCCGACAAUUCAUGAGAUCUGAUCAUCUCAGGCAACACCAGAGGAUUCAUCAACGGGCACCAGGAUCCCCAGACCCACAGGCCAACAAUGGACAGAUGGCUGGUCCUCCUGUUCCUGGUCUUUAG